AUGAUUUCCCCUGCAGCUGUCCGAACAACCGACGUGGAGAUGGUUCUGCGCAACAGGGGGGAGGGUUACGACCCAAGGAAGAGGAAGGAGCAGGGAGGUACGGUCUACGUGCAGUUGGCGGACCCAUGUUGCGAAAAUGACUACGCAAAGAAUGCAUGUGGGAAGGAUGACUCCAUGAAGGACGUCACUGGUGAGGACCGCCCUUGUUUGUGCCAAGGCGAGGGUUCCCUUGAAGACGGCUCACCACUCCUGAUGCUGCAAAAGAGCAGCACUAGAAUAGAACAACGCAUCCACACCCCACAGGUAAUUAGCCCCAUGUUAUGUCCCUCCCCACAACUGCGCGCAGAGUACCAAGUGAAGGAGCUAACCAAAUUGAUGGAAAAGUACGACGUCCGAAAAAACUUCGCCUGUUUCGGAGGAGCCUUUACCAGGUUCGCAAACGAAACGUAUACAUUCACAAACAGGCAAUUCAGACCACAUCUAGGAAUACACGUGAACACCUACCUAUUCAAUGAUUUUAUUUUUAUGAAAAAUUCCAUAAAAAUUAUAAAAUUUUCCAGAUGGCAUAUUCUUGUAUACCUCUCAGAUAAUAAAGUUUAUGUCUACAAACACAGUAGGUACUUGUGGCACUUGGACCAUUUCAACGAAUGGAAACAUUUGCCCAUUCCGACUUCGAACGAAAUAAAGGACAUUCAAAUUGUCUCCUGUAACUACAAGGGAGACCUCUACUUUGAUCAUCCUGAGGGACUGAAUUAUGGUCUCAAGGAUGGUGACGAGUUUUGCGGUUCUACACACCAUCAUGAGACCAUCGAUCCGAUUCACUUUUUCGGACUUAGCUUAGUGGACAGCAAGGACAACUUAUACUUAGGGCUGAAUACAAAUAUUAAUUCUAGUAGGAUCAAUAUUAAGCAAAUGAAGAUGGUUGUUCCUCGGUCGUUUCGGAAGAGGAAGCUGAGAAUGAGGACCAUUUUGGUCAGCCUACCCGAGCUCACUGAAUAUGACCUAAGCUCUUGCACCGUGUAUUUGAAGUACGCAUCUAUAUUCGAGCUGUCUUAUACGCGUGCUCACGAUACUGGUGGGAGGAGAGUCAGCUACCCCAAGCAAGGGGUAACUAACGGGGGGGAAGCUUCCAAGGGUCACCAUUCCGGUGAAGCAGAUACAUUGCACGUGGGGAAUACACAACCGGGAAUGGACACAAGUCGGAGUUCCAAAAUGGACUGCACAAAAGGGUCGAAAAAAAAAGGGAGAACCUUCCAAAGGGGCAGGGGUUCCCAAAUGGUAAGGGCUUCCCCAAAGGGGAAGAACAAAACACGUGGUUCCUUAAGUAAACCCCCCUCCCGUGGAAGCAAACUAAGCCAAAGUAUACACACCGCAGAUUCGCUCGACUGUGUGGUGGGUGCAAUGCAAAGGGGGGAAGACCAUCAUGAUAAUCUGACAAUAGAGAGAGCCAAAAAGAAAAGGCGAAUUAACUUCACAGAAGCAGGCGCACCCCCUGACCAAGGACCGCAGAUUACCAGUUUUUCCAACAUGGAUGAUCCACCAAACGCAGGCACCUCCCAGUUAACUACGCAAAAGAAGGAUCAUUUCAUUUUCAUAAAAACGUCCAACAAUUUGAAGUUUAAAAAGAAGCUGAUACGUUCCAAACCGAGGGUGCUGUUAAGCGGCACGUCGUGUGCACAUGGUUGUGUGUUGUUUGAAAAUAAGGAGAUUUAUUUUUGGAUUAUCAGGCAGGGGGAAUCACCUGUAGCAGAUUCGGUGAAUGCGGAUGACGUGGUUGUGUCUGGCGAAUGCGCCGCACCCAAGGGAAGACAAAGCAAACGAUUCAUUUUCAAAAAAUUGGAGUACCCCAAGGUGAAUAUGAUCGACGUAGUCUACUGCAACAACACGUAUAUUAUGCUAUCGGAGGAGAAUAUUCUGUUCAUUUUAAAGUCCCCCUAUUUGCACACCCUACGAGCGGUGAAUUUUUUUUUCUACCUGAACAACUACCUACCGAAGGGAGUGAAUCCCCAACGCAGAAGCGGUGUCCUCACGCUGGAGAAAAUUAGAGACUCCACUUUGGUCAAAAUGUACCUUACAGACUACGUAUUGGUAACUAUCCACAGUAGUAAGGACAUUUGCUUCACCCCCGUUUUGUUUCACAGUGUCUAUAGCUAUAUGGACUCUCAGUAUAUUGACGUCCUUUCGACGAAGUACGAGCGGCAGGUGUCCAAACUGAUAAAGGAUCUGGGCAAGUUCUGCACACGCGGCCUGGAGAACCAAUUUUCGCACGAAGAAAAAAGCAUGUACCCAAAUUUGAUAAAGUACAAAAUGAUCCGCACCUGCGCCCAAAACAAAAACUGCUUCACUAUUUACGUGAGCCCGAACUCCCUGAUCGUGUGCAUUUACAAUUUGUUCGAAUAUUAUGAAGUGCUCGACACGUCCAUAUCGAAUUUUUUGAGUAAGUACUACAUUAUGUAG